AUGCCCCUUCCCUUCAAAGCUCGUCCUCAGCUGCCUGACAAUAAAAGGCUCGCUCUGACCAGGUUAAAGCACCUUAAAAGAAAACUGGACAGAGAUCCCAAAUUUAAAGGUGACUAUGUGAAGUUUAUGGAGGGCAUCUUCAAAGACGGUGAUGCUGAGAGGGCAGACGAACCUUCAGAGCCUGGGCAUGUGUGGUACAUCCCACACCAAGGGGUGUACCACCCCAGAAAACCAGAUAAGAUCAGGGUGGUUUUUGACUGCUCAGCGAAGUACGAAGGCACUUCCUUAAACGACCAUCUGCUGACAGGACCUGACCUUACCAAUGGGCUCACCGGAGUGCUCUGCCGUUUUCGGAAGCAUCCCAUUGCGAUCACCUGCGAUGUGGAGAAGAUGUUCCACAGGUUCCAUGUCAGCAAAAGAGACAGAGAUUUCCUCCGCUUCCUGUGGUGGGAUAAUGGUGACACAGAUUCAGAGCCCAGAGAGUACCGGAUGAAGGUCCACCUAUUUGGCGCAUCAUCAUCCCCAGGCUGUGCUAACUACGGUUUGAAACAUCUUGCCAGCCAGAAUGAGAGUGAGCACCCUUCAGCAGCCAACUUCAUCAGGAAGCACUUCUAUGUAGAUGAUGGCCUCAUAAAUGAACCUCGAGUGACGUACAAGUCACAACGUUUCCCCACAUUGACAAUCAAUGAUCUGAGAGACACUGAUAGAAACACUUACUGCUGCAGCAGCGUUACUGAGACGCCAUGGGACUGUUGGAAACAUGCCGUUCAUCUCACCGUAUCUGACCUUCAGGUGAAGGUGGUUCCUUCCACUGAGGGACAGACAGUCUCUCUGAUGUGCAGCAGCAGCUGUCUUCUGACUGGAAACCCUGCAGCCUACAUCUGGUACAAGAACGGAGACUUUCUCUAUGAGGACUGGUCUCCCUGGUACCAAGAGCUGGUCAGCAGUGACUCAGCAGUCUCAUACUCCUGUGCUAUCAGAGGCUACCAGGACCUCAGAGCCCCUCCAGUCUCAGUGGACUCUGUAACACACACCUGCUUCACUGUGACCUAUGCUAAAGGCAGAAUGUGUUCUUCUGAGCAGACAUCAGCAGAUGAGUCCUGCUCCAUCACAUAUCCCACAGAGUUACAUGUUCAAAGGACUCCAGUCCCUCCAUAUGUGGUCACUCUGACCUGUAAAACCAACUGUCCUCAGACUGAUGUUGUGACUUUACUUCAAUUUAACCCAUAUAAGGAAAUACAUUCAACAGUUUGGAUCUCAGACAGAUUCUACUGUACUGUGAAAGACCAUGAGGACCUGAACUCUGCUCAUGUCUGUGUCAAUGACAAGAGAUGCUGGAGAGUUGUUUAUGCCAGCAGGAGAAUCUGUGCUCUGAAAGGAUCCUCAGUCAACAUCUCAUGUCAAUAUGAUUAUUCUAAAUCCUUCAAGCCAAAGUCCAUUAAUUGGUAUCAAACAAAGAGAGAAAUGAAGGUGCUGACAGAGGAUGGAGGUAAAGUGCAGUUUGAUGGCAGCAAGAAGAACCAACACAUCCUCACAUUGAGAAAUGUUCAGAAGAAUGACUCAGCAGAAUACAGGUUCAAUGUCAGAGAGUUUGAUGAACAUUUCAAUCCAUCUGGCUCUGCUGGAGUUGCUUUGAUCGUCACAGAUCUGGAAGUGAAGGUGACUCCUUCUCCAGAGGUCACAGAAGGUCAGAGAGUCACUCUGACCUGCAGCACCAGCUGUCCUCUGACUCACAACUCAAACUACAUGUGGUUCUUCAACGGUGAACCUCUGAACUCAAACAACAAACAGCUGAUUCUAGAAGCAUUCAGCCAUCAGCAUGCAGGAAGCUACUCCUGUGCUGUCAGAACCGGCUCAAACAUCUCAGACAGAUCAGCUGUGAAGACUCUUAAAGUCCAAAGUGUGACAAUAAUGUGGGAAGUGGUCGCUGCAGGAGUCUCUGCUGUUCUGCUGCUCUUCAUUCUCCUCUCUGUGAUCGUGUGUGUGAGAACAAAGAGGACUUCUACUCAAUCUCCUGGAAAUGAAGGUUGGAGCAGCUUGCAGCAGAGUGCCGACGUCUCAGCUGGAGGAGCAGAUCAGGAGCUUCACUACAGCAGCGUCCACUUCUCCAAGAAGACAGGUCCUCUCUCCUCUUUGGUUCAGCCACAUCAGCCCCGAGAGCCAGAGGGAGACCACUAUGCCGCCAUCAAUUUCAGAGCCAACUCACGUCCAGAGUGAACGUGGCGCCGUCUCACAGCUCACUCACAUCGUGCUGCAGAUCGAGCUGGUUCCACCACAGUCCAGCUCAAAGUGACACCGACUGAUCGCUUCGUU